GCAAAUUGCUCCGUGACCACAGUCCGUUUGAGGGAGUCGACCGGAUCGCAACACACGUAUUCUCUGCUCUAGCAAUCGGAUUAAAAAUAGAGAAAUUGUAAAAAUGUUUUGUACCUUAUCAACUUUCCUAGUAUCAAUUGGAUUCUACGCCCUAGCCUCUUAUCUUUACGAACAGUUAAGAACGCCGUACAAGUUAAUAAAAAUUCGAUACUUUAGUGAUAAUAGACCCACUCUCAAGGAACGUUACGGAGAUUGGGCUGCUGUCACAGGAGCCAGCGAUGGCAUUGGUAAGGAGUAUGCCAAGGAGCUGGCCCGCCAGAAGAUCAAUGUUGUGCUGAUUGCCAGAAGCGAGGAAAAACUCCAAGCGGUAGCCAAGGAAAUUGCUGAAAUCGGAACCGGUACACAGACAAAGAUUGUGAUUGCUGAUUUCACAAAGGGCUCGCAGGUGUAUGAGCAUAUAGAAAAGGAAACUGCCGAUAUACCCAUAUCUAUACUGGUUAACAAUGUUGGAUCCGGCACACCUUCUCCCAUACUGAAAUGGACCCAGGAAGCAACCCAGAAUAUAAUCGACACCAAUGUGGUGGCCGUUUCCCAACUCUCACGCUUGUUUUUCCAGCGCAUGAAGGCGUCCAAGAUCAAGGGAGCUAUUGUGAACGUUAGUUCAGGAACGGAAAUGCAGCCUCUGCCAUAUGGGGCUUAUUAUGCCGCCUCGAAGGCAUACACCCGUAGUCUUACCUUGGCCUUGUGUCACGAGGCCAAGCCUUUUGGCAUCCAUGUCCAGCUACUGUCCCCGAAUUUCGUAGUGACUAAAAUCAAUUCGUAUUCAAGGCAGAUCAUGAAGGGCGGUCUAUUUAUCCCUUCGGCCUCGACAUAUGCCAAAAGUGCGGUUGAUCAGCUGAGAGAUGGAGUGGAUGAAACUCCGGGCUACUUUUGGCACCACAUUCAAAAUGCAGUGGGAACUGCUUUCACGUGGCGAGUGCGAACCCUUGCUGCCUAUAAAAUUUUCAGCAAAAUAUCAGAUAAACCAAAGAAAAAUUAAAAUUUUCAAAGACAUUAAAAUACAGAUAGCUGAGACAAAAUCAUUAUUUUAACAGUGAACUUUGAAUUGAUUAAUUUUGUCAAAUUUGACUUUGUAAAUAAAACAUAGCAUACUUCCUGGA